CGGAGGGAGUAUUUGCUUCAACCCAGGGGUAAGCACCUGUUCUCCAUUAUUACUCCUAAAACAAAAUCGAAAAUUACUCCUGCUGAAUUAAAAUCGAAAAAAUCUCUUCCAUUUUUUCUCGAUUCCCUUCUUCUCCAUCGAAAAUCUCUUCGCUCUUCUUCUUCUUCCUGGAAUUUUAUCAUCUUCAUCCAUUAACACCUUCAGUUUUAUUGAGAUCUCUUCCCUAACACAGAUAACACUCAAGUUCUGUUUGGGUAAAAUCAUAAUCAGCUGACUCAUAUGAUGGUUCACUUCUAGAUCGUCAAUUCUCUGAUCUUGGCGCAUGUACUGUUGUCAAUCAAGGCUACAAGAGACUGCUGCAAGAUCUGUUUGAGGUUUCUGAGGGAUGCAGUUCUUUGGAGGUUCCGAGGUCAGUCCAUCACCUCCCAUACCCAGUGGUGCUGGGAACCGUGCUCACAUGAUGUACGUGUUCAAUAGGAAUGGUGUGUGUUUGCUCUAUAGAGAAUGGAGUAGACCUCUCAGAACCCUUAGUUCCCAACAAGAUCACAAGCUCAUGUUCGGACUUCUUUUCUCACUCAAAUCUUUUACUGCAAAGAUGGACCCUUCCAGUGUUGAGAAAGGAAACCUUGGGGUGCCUCAAUUACCAGGUCAAGGAUGUUCAUUCCAUAGCUUCAGUACAAACUCCUACAAAUUAAGUUUAAUGGAAACCCCUUCAGGGAUAAAGAUAAUAUUGGUUACAAAUCCAAAAACUGGUGAUUUACGGGAAUCCCUAAAGCACAUUUAUAGUUUGUAUGUGGAGUAUGUUGUCAAGAAUCCCCUCUAUAGUCCAGGGACUCAAAUUAGGUGUGAGCUUUUGAAUACAGCUCUUGAUCAAUACGUGAAGAAUGUGUAGUUUAUGAGUUACAUAUAUCAUUGAUGAUCUGCCAGACGAGUACUAAACCUAUCUUGUUUCUCUUGACAUGUAUCCCUAUAAGACGAUAUAGAAAUAUAUUACAAAAUUGUCCUCUUUCAUGCCCAAUUAUAUCACAUUUUUCAUUUAGUCAGCUAAACUUUAAAGCAUCAGUCUAUUUUCCUCUGCAUUAGUGUUUGAUGAGCUUCCAAGUUCAUCUUUGAAAACU